GCUCUUUGAGAAGGAGAACAUCACAGAACCGCCCCGUGGCUGUGUAGGCAACACAAACAUCUGGAGGACUGGGCCGCUCUUCAAACGGUAAGGCCACAAGUAAUAGUGAGAGUAACUAAACAAACUCCACAAACACCCGUUUUUUUUAGUUGUUUGUUUGCGCACAGUCAGAAGUAGGUCUGCUUGAAAUAACCAUAACAGUCCUGUAUGUCCCUCAGUAUAAGACAAGCAGAAGACAAGGGCCAAAACAUAAAACUGAACAUGCUGGCCCAGGCAGCCGAGGUUGCUGGGAGACAGGGGAGGGAGGGCAGCCUGAAAACAAGGCCUCCUUUCUGAGCAGUUCUAAUUGGAAGCGGACCAAGUCAGACCCCUGAAAAUCAUCCCUGUUUCAUUGUGCAUUCUCUGAGAAAUGAAGCUUAGUUUCCAUUGGCAUUUAGGGCCAUACAGGUCGAAUUCAAGUCGGGUUGGGCUAGCCUUGGUGGGUACAGCUUGAAUUGCAUUUCCAUUGCCUCCUAAAUGUAGUGUCUGGCUGUUGGCAAGACUACACAGACAGAACUCAGAAUGAAGGGGAUAUAGGGUUCUACACCCUUCUAUUACUCUCUGUAUUCAUAUACCUGAAAGGGAUGUCAGGUUAUGUUUACGUUGCACCAUUGUUGUUGAUGUUGUAAAAUAAAUUACCCAAGGCUUGUUAAUAAAGACUCAAACUCAGGAAACACACACACACACAAAAUAAAUAAUCGGAAGAAUUGGCAGAUACAUCCUGAUUUCCAAAUUGGCUGCCCCCAAAAAAUUCACCACAUAUCAACUUCAUUCAAAAUGCGUUGUAUUAUCGUUCCAAAGACAUCCUCAUUUCACCCACCCCCACCCUCCUCCCUUCAUCCUCAUUGUUUUCAAUCUCCCAUCUCACUCCCUCUCAUCAACCAAGCCCAUCAUGUCACAUCGGGAUGAUUUGUCUGAUGACGCCAUCCCUCCGAUCUCCCCGCUGGACUCUAGAGUGCUGAUGUCAUCCAAGUACCCAGAUGGCCUGACAGGACGCAUCGAGUUUAAUGACGAUGGUGACAGGCGGUUUGCUACCUACAGCAUCCUCAACUACCAAAAGACCAGGCUGGUGCAAGUGGGCAUUUUCAACGGCACCCAAGUACGGGAGUUUUUAUUAAAUGAUUUAUGUUACCAGUUGUACAUAAUACAGUGUUUUUUAAAUUAAGUGUUACAUUAAGUAAUUAUGCCUUGGUGCUAUCAUUUUGUAUGGGGAACAUUAAUAUUUGGGGUGGUUUGUACAUAGAGAUGAAAUGACUAGACCAAUUAAAUUAACGUGCCAUAUGAGUGUACUUUUGGGUUUGUAGGUGAUGACCCGCAGAGGAAGAUCAUUUGGCCAGGAGGAGAGACGGAGAAGCCAAGAGGAUACCAGAUGUCUACCAGACUGAAGGUAGCUACUACGUCCUGCUCAUGGCCGUAAUCAGGGUCUGAGUUUUAGUGAGGUCUGGACGGGGACGGGGAGUGGGCUUUAUCCCCCCCCCCCCCCCCCCCCCGCCCCCCCCAUCCAAUACAUUUUUUGAAAGUAAAUUUUCUGCAUUUAUAUACAAUUUCAAAACUCUAAAAUGCUAUUUGGAGAACAGCAAAAACAAGCAAAAAUUAACCCAGCCAUUAUCACGUUGUAGCUGUGGCUUCAUUCACCUCAGUCGAUCUAUAAACUCAUAGCCUAUUAGCUAUACAAUUUGCUGCUACACAUUAACUCACAUUAACUCAGCACCGUGAAUAAUUUUUUUAUACAUACAGAGGAAUCUGUUAGCAUAAAAAGUAUUUAAUUAGGGUCAGAUCAAAAUUUACUGGGGGGGGGGGGGGGGGGGGUUGGCUGGUCCAACUCAAGGUGUCAUAAAAAAAUGCACCCCCCUCCCCAACAUUACAAAUAUUUUCACAUGACCCUCCCCUUGUACUGUCAAAUAAAUUGAACACCCUCCCCCUCAUAGAAUUGACAUAUUUUUUACAUAAAUACAUAUACAAUGACAUAGAUACAGACACAUUACAGAGAUACAGACAAAAAAAUUAUCAACCUCCAGAUGAGUGGUCUGUAGCUUAUUCUUUAGAUGUUUGGGGCUGUUGGUGAACUGUGAUGUGCAGGCAUAUUCAAAGUGACACUGGACUAGCGCGCUUGCCACAGUCUUUAGGGUGUCUAUAGCUAGGUUUCCAUCAAAUUGAUGACAGAUUUUCAUGCAAAUAUUCUAAAAUCUGCAUAAAAACAAUAUGCACAUUUCAGAAAAUGUGGCAGUAAAGAUUUUAAUUUACCGGACAUUUGAGAAAUUUACCAGACAUCCAUAUGCAUUCAGAUCUGACCUGGCGCAGCCAACGAGGGAUAUUGGCCAAAUGAGCCACAUUUACGUGUCCUUAAAAACAGAUUAUAACAAAUUACAAAAACACUAUUCCUUGGGUUACGAUGUGUAGCAUAUGCAAAACUUUAUAGCCUAUUUUUUAAAUUUGUUUUUAGGCUACUUUCCUAAAACAAUAAAUGUCCACCUCACUAAAUUAAUCAGGGCAUUGCAUGCAUAGGCCUAUAGGCUUGUCCACUGUAUAAUAUGAAAAUAAAAUAUAUUUGCAUUUUCAACUCCAGGCCUACGUAUAGAUAUAGCGAUUGUGCCCACACUUGUAUUGGUAUGUGUGCUCUAACCAACAGCUUGCAGAUACAGCGCAGGUAUAGCCUACUACAUGAUGAGAUUAUUAUGGAUAAAAUAUCAUUUUUAUUUGUCAAAUGGCAGCCAAGCAUCGAUCAUCAUUUCACCAGAAUAAGACCCUUGAUAUUUAUUGAAAGGAGCAUCAACCUCAUCACUGUGCACUUUCACCACCCUGUGAAGUUCAUAAUAACUUAUUUAAUCUGUAGCCUAAUAAACUGCAUGCUUUCUCAUGAUGUCGUGACAUGUUUUUAUCCGACAUGUAGGCUACUUUACUCGCAUAAAAGAUUGGAUGGAAGCCUGGUUAAUGUCAAGCCAUUUUGAGGAUGCUGGAAUUAUAUUUGUGAUGAACGUGUGCAGGCCUACAGGAGACUUUUGAAGUAGCCUAAUCAGAUGAAAACAUUGUGACUGGUUGUGUUUCUGCCACAUAUAAAAGGUAAUACAUUUUAAAAGUUAAAUGAUAAAUAUUUAAGCUAUAUUGAAGCGUCAGCUUCUAGGUGCGCAAAGAAUAGCCGCUCGGAUUGGAGAGGAGGCAGAGCGUGUGUUAAGCUUUUCUGAAUAACUGGGCCUGCCGGGAGCAUAUGUGGACAAAUUAUUAUAGGACGACUUGGGAGAAUGAUGAUCUGCAACAGACAGCGUAUUCAGUAUCAGAAGUAAAAGUACAGCCAGACUGACCUGCUACUGUGCCGUUCUAGACCUUUCUGAUGAACUGAUUCAAAUCACAGGGCUUUUCUGACAUUAUUCAACUGACAUUUUCACUGUAGCCUAGAGUAGAACUUUGUACUCGCUUGAAAACAAGAAUGAAAUUAUCUAUUGCGUUAUGCCAUGUUAAUUUGAUAUCUAAGUGACAGUGACUAACAAAAUCAAUGGAGGCCCCCCGGAGGUCAGGGCCCCUGGGUACAUGCCCUGCGUGCCUGGUCGAUAGUGCGGCCAUGAUUACUAGAGGUUUAGAUAGCUGGCUAGACUAAUUUGCCAAUCUAAAACAUUUUAUGACAUGGGCUCAUUGAGUGACUGUCAGUGGGUGAGAGAGAAAAACCAAGUUUCGAAAUUGCACCUUGUGUAUUCUACUAUUCUAACUCUCAACAGUAAGUUGAGACCCCGACUGAGUUCCUAAAAAAUAGGUCUGGACCUUUGUGUCCUCAUUUGCAGCUACCGCCCUGGUCCUGCAUAACCAGGGGUGUAUUCACUAGGAACCAAAUGGAAACAAAUGGGUAGAAACGGGGAGGGACUUACCUGAAUUUGUCCAAUUGUUUCUGUUGAAAAUGUUUUCUGUGGCUAAAUGUUUUUCUACGGUGUGCACCAAUGAAUACACCCAAGCACUUGUUCCUUGUGUUGAAUGUCUGUGUGCCAAAAUGUGCUGGCGCCAUGCUUGUCCUUCUCUAUUGUUCACAGAUAGUAACCAUUCAUCAGGAGCCAUUUGUCUAUGUACAACCCACAACAAGUGAUGGAACUUGCCAAAAAGAAAAAACUGUAAAUGGACUCAAAGAUGUCCAGAAAGUUAUAUGCACUGGCCCCAAUGGAACCAUCCCAGGUAAUAAGACAGCCACAGGAUAUACUACUACUACUACUACUACUAUUACUACUACUAUUAUUAUUAUUAUUAUAUAAACACAAGUAGUAGUUCAGUAUAGUGUCAGUCUGUAAUGGCUGUAAACUGUACUAUAUGUGCCAAUAUGUUGAUUUUCUCUCAAUAUCAGUGUUUUCGGCUGAUUUUGUGUUUGUCCAUUAUAGGACAGCCUAUAGUACCCCAAUGCUGCUACGGCUUUUGCAUUGACCUCUUGAUUAAACUAGCGGAUACCAUGAACUUCACCUAUGAGGUUCAUCUGGUGGCUGAUGGGAAGUUUGGUACACAGGAGCGGGUAAGUAGGAUGAUCAUAUGGUUCUGCAGCUUUAGAACCGAACCCCCUUGUGCUAUGGAACACCAUCCUCAAGGUUCAAGGUAAUCUUUAUUAUCACAGAGAAAUACAAUACAUGCAACACUAUACAAUAGUGUUGCAGUGCACAAGAUGCAGUGCAGUACUGGCUACAUGUGUGGUAUAGUAUGGACUACCACAUCUGAAAUGCCAAUCAAUGUGUAUUCUUGGGUGUUAUUUUCCACCUUCACCACAAUUCAUAUUUUAUGACUUUCUUGGGACCCACAAAUGACAGACCAGUCCAUUCUGUUUGAUUAGAAAAACGUUGUCCUUUCGCAGCCUACACAAUAUACAGACAAAAUCACCAAUUGAAAAACAAUAACAACAACAGAUAAUCAAUGGAUAUUUAAAAAAUAUGCCAGUAGGCAACAUUUGUGCAAAAUGCAAUAAUAUAAAGGGUACAUGUACAGGUUAUGUGCAUUAUGCUAAAGUGCAAUUUAGUCCAACAUCUUAUGUAAUUGUAGGAUCGCAUUUGUGAUCAAACCGUUUUUGGCUGAUCCAAGCAUCAAUCAGGUGUGGAAAUGUCGACUAAGUAUGUUGAGUACAGUGGAUGCCCCUCUCUCUUUCUAUAUCAGGUGAACAACAGCAACAAGAAGGAGUGGAACGGCAUGAUGGGAGAACUCCUGGGUGGCCUGGCAGACAUGAUUGUGGCUCCGCUCACGAUCAACAACGAACGCGCCCAGUACAUCGAGUUCUCAAAACCCUUUAAGUACCAGGGGCUUACCAUCCUCGUGAAAAAGGUAUGCUGCUCUUACUCCUGCUGCUCAGACAGGCACCCAUUGAAGCUAUUGUUUUCUUCCUACAACUAUGACCCAGUAUAGUACUACUCACAGUCGAGUGAAUGGGAUGAGUCACUGGCUGUUGUUUGACUGUAGGAAAUACCACGCAGUACUCUGGAUUCGUUCAUGCAGCCCUUUCAGAGCACCCUGUGGCUGCUGGUGGGUCUAUCGGUCCAUGUGGUGGCGGUGAUGCUCUACCUGUUAGACCGGUUCAGGUAAAACAAUGACAUGUCUGUGUACAGUAAUACCCCCUUUUGAUCACAUUAUUAAAUAAUAAUAUAGGCCUUUUAGCAGCUACUUUUAUCAAAUGUGACUUACGGUCAUGCAUGCAUACAUUUUCAUAUGGGUGGCCCCAGUGGGAAUCGAACACGUGAUCCUAGUGUUGCAAGUGCCAUACUUAACCAUUUGAGCCACAUAGGAUCAGGAAAUUCCCCAUACUUUUCCUAUGCCACAGGUUCCCCAUGCAUUUGUAAUUGUUCAUGUCUGUGGCAAGUGAAACUAAACACAACACAGGCACAUGAAAUAAAGAACUGCACUGACAUCCCACUGGGGACAGACGUCAGUUCAACGUUUAGUUUUGAUUUACAUAUGAUUGAGUUGUCAACUAAUGUCAAUUCAAAGUGAAAUCAACAAAGAUUUGAACCAUGUCAUUGGAUUUAGGUUAAAAGUUGGGUAAAAUAAAUACACAAAUUCCUGAAAUUCCUUUAUGUUGAUGACUUUUUGCAAAUCCAAUCAGUUUUCCACUGAAUUGUUUUGCUGAAAUUACAUGGAAACAACCUUGAUUCAACCAGUUUGUAUCCAGUGGGAUAGGUUGGAGGUUUGGUGGGUUGAAAGAGAGCUGAGCUCACAUGUGUCUUGUGUGCACCGUAGCCCAUUUGGAAGGUUUAAAGUGAAUAGCGAAGAAGAAGAAGAGGAUGCCCUCACCUUAUCCUCCGCCAUGUGGUUCUCAUGGGGAGUCCUUUUGAACUCCGGGAUAGGAGAAGGUAAAUAUCCACUGGCCUAAGUCUACGUAUGUGUCCGAAAUGGUACCCCAAGUGGACUACUGUAUAUAGGGAAUAGGUUUUCAUUUCAGAUGCAGACUACCUUAUAGAAUUACAUACUGUAUAGAAUAAUGUAAUUUAUUAAUAGAAACAUACAGUAUAUAGUAAUUCAAUAGGAUAUUUGUAGACUACCUAUUCAAGUGGACAUUGAAAUUGGCUGCUGUUAACUGAGUGACUAUGUUUGUGUUUGUGAUUGUGUUUGUAGGAGCACCCCGGAGCUUUUCAGCAAGGAUCUUAGGUAUGGUGUGGGCUGGAUUUGCCAUGAUCAUUGUGGCAUCCUACACUGCCAAUCUGGCAGCCUUCCUAGUGUUGGACCGGCCUGAGGAGCGCAUCACUGGCAUCAAUGACCCCAGGGUGAGCACACACACUAAGUGUUUUCAUACUUGGUCCCUUUCAGUCAAUUUUUUAGAACUUGUUCAUUUUUUGUGCAAUGUGACCAUAGAUCCCUCAAAAGAGUCCCCGAAGUGAACCGAACUGAGACCAUCUCGAGAGGUAGUCUGAGUUCGGUUCACUUGAAUUCCGCGGUGCGGUUGCCUUUUUUAGGGCAAGGUGAACACAAAGCUCCCCAGGUUCGCUUAUCAUUAUUCCCGCACCACACACUAGACUACUGCAACACUAUUUCCCCUACCAUAACCCUUCACAUUGGUGCCACAAAAGAGAGAAGAUGAUGUGUAGGUUUGUGGAAAAAACGUGUGCUGUUUUUGGAUAUUGAUUAGGGGUUGUCAUGGAUGCACAGAAAUUCCUAAAUAUGUGUGGAGUUUUUACUUCAAGAUUAUUUGUUUGCAAUAUGUGAUCUAUAGGCUAAGAGAGCCUAUAAGCUGUUUAUUUGAUUGUGGGGUUUGAAUUGUGUGUGAAGACAACAACAUAUUUGGUGAGAAUUACAACAUAGGGUAUAAAAUAUUCUAACUCCUAAAGGAGCAGUAGCCUACAUUGGGUGUACAAUUUUCAAUUACACCAUUAUUUAAUCUGUAGUUAUUUCUGCUAUUUAUUCUGUUACCAAUAAUAUUUAAAUGUUAAUAUCUUCUGAAUACAAUUAUUAUGUCCCAUCUAUUAACUAAAUGCAAUCUAUAAGCUUCCAAAAUGUAAGUAGGUAUAUCUAGCUGUCCGAUAACACGUUCAGAUGGAAUGGCUUGUUCUGCCCUUUGUAAAAACCCAGAGUGCAUUGAGUAAAUGUUGGGAAAAGAUCUUGGUUCCUUUCUAAACAUAGCAAUGUGAAUGCAAAGAUGUCUCCGAACACAAAAUAGGUGAAGUAUUUGUAUUUAUUAUGCAGUGUAUUCGGAAAGUAUUCAGACCCCUUGACUUUUUCCACAUUUUGUUAGGUUACAGCCUUAUUAAAACAGUUUUCCCCCCUCAUCAAUCUACACACAAUACCCCAAAGCAAAAAAAAACUAUGGAACAUUUGUGGGCAGAACUGAAAAAGCGUGUGCGAGCAAGGAGGCCUACAAAUCAGACUCAGUUACACCUACUCUGUCAGGAGGAAUGGGCCAAAAUUCACCCAACUUAUUGUGGGAAGCUUGUGGAAGGCUACCUGAAACGUUUGACCCAAGUUAAAACAAUUUAAAGGCAAUGCUACCAAAUACUAAUUGAGUGUAUGUAAACUUCUGACCCACUGGGAAUGUGAUGAAAGAAAUAAAUGCUGAAAUAAAUCACUCUCUCUACUAUUAUUCUGACAUUUCACAUUCUUAAAAUAAAGUGGUGAUCCUAACUGACCUAAGACAGGGAAUUAUUACUAGGAUUAAAUUUAUUUGGCUAAGGUGUAUGUAAACUUCCGACUUCAACUGUACAUAGCGCAUUGAUGUGAACUGCUGCUCUCUCAUUUCGCUAUUUGCGCCUUACGGAUUGUGGUUGUUGUGGAUGGCUGUUCACAAAUAUAUACAGUGCCUUCAGAAAGUAUUCAGACCCCUUGACAUUUUCCACAUUUUGUUAGGUUACAGCCUUAUUCUAAAAUUGAUUAAAAUAGUUUUUUCCCCCCUCAUCAAUCUACACCCAAUACCCCAUAAUGACAAAGCAAUAACAGGAGUUUAGAAAUGUAGCUCAAUUGGUAGAGCACGGUGCUUGUAACGCCAGGGUAGUUAAUUCAAAUCAAAUCAAAUCAAAUCAAAUUUUCUUGGUCAACAUGCCGCCGAAUACAACAGGUGCAGACAUUACAGUGAAAUGCCUUACUAUACCAGCCCUUAAACCAACCAUUGCAUUUAAUGUUAAACAAAAAAAGUAGAAUAAACCAAAAACAAAAAAAGUGUUGAGAAAAAACGAGCAGAAGUAAAAUUAAAGUGACAGUAGGGAGGCUAUAUAUACAGUCAAAUGAAGUGACAGUAGGGAGGCUAUAAUAAUACAUGGGGGGUAACCGUUGCAUAGUCAAUUUGCGGGGGCACCGCUAGUUGAGGUAGUUGAGGUAAUAUGUACAUGUGGGUAGAGUUAAAGUGACUAUGCAUAAAUACUUAACAUAGUAUGCAGCAGCGUCAAAAAGGAUGGGGUGGGGGUGGCAGUGCAAAUAGUCCAGGGUAGCCAUGAUUAGCUGUUCAGGAGUCUUAUGGCUUGGGGGUAGAAGCUGUUGAGAAGUCUUUUGGACCUAGACUUGGCACUCCGGUACCGCUUGCCGUGCGGUAGCAGAGAGAACAGUCUAUGACUAGGGUGGCUGGAGUCUUUGACAAUUUUGAGGGCCUUCCUCUGACACCGCCUGGUAUAGAGGUCCUGGAUGGCAGGGAGCUUUGCCCCAGUGAUGUACUGGGCCGUACGCACUACCCUCUGUAGUGCCUUGCGGUCAGAGGCCAAGCAGUUGCCAUACCAGGCGGUGAUGCAACCAGUCAGGAUGCUCUCGAUGGUGCAGCUGUAGAAUUUGUUGAGGAUCUGAGGACCCAUGCCAAAUCUUUUUAGUCUCCUGAGGGGGAAUAGGCUUUGUCGUGCCCUCUUCACGACUGUCUUGGUGUGUUUGGACCAUGAUAGUUCGUUGGUGAUGUGGACACCAAGGAACUUGAAGCUCUCAACCUGUUCCACUACAGCCCCGUCGAUGAGAAUGGGGGCGUGCUCAGUCCUCUUUUCUUUCCUGUAGUCCACAAUCAUCUCCUUUGUCUUGGUCACGUUGAGGGAGAGUUGUUGUCCUGGCACCACACGGCCAGAUCUCUGACCUCCUCCCUAUAGGCUGUCUCAUCGUUGUCGUGGAUCACCUACCACUUGUCUCGGCAACUAAUGAGGUUGAUGUGUGCAUGCAUCAGGGAGGGUCAGGGGGACUGGCACGCACCCCUGAGGCCCCCUGUUGAGGUCAGUGUGGCAGAUGUGUGUUACCCUUACCACCGGGGGCGGCCGUCAGGAAGUCCAGGAUCCGUGCAGAGGGAUUUAGUCCGGAUCCUUAGCUUUGUGACUUAGAGGCACUAUUGGUGUUGGCGAGCUGUAGAAUGAAGAUUCAUCCGGGACCACCAACGUUCAAUAAUGAUGGCCACAUGACUGUAAUGCUUGUAACAUUUUGGCUAUCCUUUCAAAGAUCUGUGCCCUACAAAAUUACCUGUACUCGACUCUGUUGACACAUUGGCAGAACGAUUACAGCCUAAGUCCUUCGUGGGUAUGACGCUACAAGCUUGGCAACACCUGUAUUUUGGGGAGUUUCCUCCCAUUCUCUCUGCGAAUCCUCUCAAGCGCUGUCAGGUUGGAUGUUGAUCGGGUUGUUUCGAUCGGGUUUUAAGUCCGGGCUCUGGCUGGGCCACUCAAGACACAUUGAGACAUCGCAGUGCCCGAAGCCACUCCUGCAUUGUCUUGGCUGUGUUCUUCAGGGUCGCUUUGCCCUGUUGGUAGGUGAACGCUUUGUGAUUAUGGAGUAUUGUGUGUAGAUUGCUGAGGAUUUAAUUUAAUUUAAUCAAUUUUAGAAUAAGGCUGUAACGUAACAAAAUGUGAAAAACGUCAAGGGGUCUGAAUACUUUCCGAAGGCACUGUAGAUCCCAAUUAGCUGCUGCCUUCCUGGGGUCCAGCAACAUUAAGGCAGUUAUAUACAAUUUAAAAAAAAUCACAACAGGGGGCGGCAGAUAGCUUAGUGGUUAAGAGCGUUGUGCCAGUAACCGAAAGGUUGCUGGUUCUAAUCCCCGAGCCAACUAGGUGAAAAAUCUGUCGAUGUGCCCUUGAGCAAGGCACUUAAUCCUAAUUGCUCCUGUAAGUCACUCUGGAUAAGAGCGUCUGCUAAAUGACUAAAAAAAUUAAAUUAAAAUUCAAAACACAUUAAGUGUGUGCCCUAAGGCCACUACUCUACAACACAAAAUCCAUGUGUGUGUAUAGUGCCUAUGUUAUCAUGUGUGACUCUUCACAGUCCCCACUGUUCCAUAAGGUGUAUUUUUAUCCGUUUUUGAAAUCUGAUUUCAGGCGCACCGAUUUAUGUAUUGUAUUGUACUCAGUGGCCGAACACAGACCUUUCAAAAAUACAAACGUUUUAACCAAAAGAAAAGGGGACUUUAGAGACUGGAAGGGAAAGGGGGCAUGUGCUCUGCACAGGUAGAGCCCUAUCUGUGCACGUUCCUGAUUGUACUGAUGUACCAUAAAACUUCAAAUUAAUAGCCCAGGCGUUUAUUUGCUUAAAUCACUGGACACAACAGGUGGUUAUUAGAGACAGGCUUCUAUUUGAGCCAGGUGUCUAUUUCCUUAAUGCGCACAGAUUUUGCUCAUUUGAAUAUUGAAUUGUUGAUUCCAGCAUUCACUUCCAGCAUUUUAAUACAUUUCUUCAUUUCCUGCAGUAAUGUGUAGUUUACACACUGUAUCACGUUUAUUUUGUCUUAGUAUGCCUCUAUCGCAAAUAAAAAAACUUCCUUGACAUAAUAAUUAUUCUCUUUGACUGUUAAUCUUUGGGAGUUUUUACUUUCGCCAUUAGAGGGUGAUCGGACGAUUUAUUGGGGUCUGCACUCCCGAAGUUGUUGACUGUUUUUGUGCUUGUCAGUUAGCUAGUAAUUGUCAGCUGUUACCAGCCAAUGGCUAGCAGUUUCUUACUGGUGAUAAAAUCGGAUGAUUGUCAUAAAUCUUUUGAGUCAUUACUGAAUUAUUUACUGUAACAAAUCAAACAUUAAAUCUUGUAAACAAGUCAUGGUAAUUCAUGUUAACCUGGUAAACAAUUCAUUUAGACCGGUGUUUAUUUGAAACAGGUUUAUUUGCUGAAAUAUGUGCCUCUGCCCGGCUAUUAAAAAGGGACAGGCGGCUAUUUCAGACGUUUAAUUGAAGUUUUACGGUAUUGUAGUAGUUCUUCCGUACGUGGCUCAGUUCGUAAGAGUGUGGCACUAGCAACGUUAGAGUUGUGGGUUCGAUUCCCACUGGGGUCACAUAUGAGAAUGUGUGGACUCACUGUUGUCACUUUGUAUAAAAGCUUAUGCUACGUAAAUGGCAUACUGUAUAUUACCGUAUUACAGUACUGUAUUGGCCAAUGCAAUUUUAGUAAAGCAGUGCGAACCCAUGUGUACCUCCUGGUAUAUUAAGGCCUCCUUGACUCAGAAUGCACCACGCGGCUUAUUAAAAAUGAAUGGUUAGCAUUCCCAUUGGAGUUACGACUAAUGCUAACAAGAUGGUGGUAUUUCGCUGAAUCGUCUUUGUCUCUGUCUUCUCCUUCAUUUUAGUCUUCUUGGUAAUAGGAACUCUUAGAGAGGACCCAAUAGACCUUUGGUUUUAAAGCUAUUAUUGAAAGUCGGCAGUAUAGGGAGUGUAGAGUAGAGUAUAGUAGUACUUUAUUGAUCCCAACUUGGAAAAUUGUUUCAUCACCACAAGCGUCAUCAAUGAUUACAAAUACACACAUAUAAAAAACACAUAUUAAAAAUACAUGCAACCCAUGCACCUAGGAUCAAUAAAAGAUUGAGUUCAAUUUAAAACGAAAAGAAAUGCUGAUGACAUUCUGGGGGAAAUAAGCAACAACAACAUUCAUUGAGUGCAGAUGUUUUAUGAAGCUUAUGUAAAGGACAGUCAUGGAGGAUGACUGACUGACUGCUGUGCCUCUGUUUGUGUCUCUGUGUCUCAGCUGCGAAACCCAUCAGAUAAGUUCAUCUACGCCACAGUGAAGCAGAGCUCGGUGGACAUCUACUUCCGGCGCCAAGUGGAGUUGAGCACCAUGUACCGCCACAUGGAGAAGCACAACUACGAAAGUGCCGCUGAGGCCAUCCAAGCUGUGCGCGACAAGUGAGCAACAGCUGUGGCAGCUCCGGGGGAAGGGGGAAGGGGGAGGGGGGGUCAAUUCAGAUGGGGGAGGCCGUAAUGCUGAAUGUACAGUAUUUAUGCUAUCCCGGGUGAGCAAUAGUGCGAGGAAGGCAAUAAUGACAUGGUGUGGUUAUCUAGUGUGCAUUUUCAUUCACUCAUUCGUUCCCGUUCCUCCUCUUCCCUGUUGUCCGUGUCCCUCCCUCCCUCAGCAAACUGCACGCGUUCAUCUGGGACUCUGCCGUCCUGGAGUUUGAGGCGUCACAGAAGUGUGACUUGGUGACAACGGGAGAGCUGUUCUUCCGUUCCGGCUUCGGCAUAGGCAUGCGGAAGGACAGCCCUUGGAAGCAAAACGUUUCCCUGUCCAUUCUUAGGUGAAUAUUGGCCAGCAACAAGCUACUAUUGAAGCCACAUGCUACCAUACAAUAUUAUAAUAGGGCUGGUUUCCUGGACACAGAUUAAGCCUGGUCCUAGACUAAAAAGCAUGGUCAAUGGAGAGUCUCCAUUGAAAUACUGUAGCUUUUUAGUCCAGGACUAAGCCUAAUGUGUGUCUAGGAAACCACCCCAUAGUAUACUCUAUGUAUUGUAGCAGUAUUUACUGUUUGAGACCUAACUUAAAGUAUGAUCUGGCUCUUCUCCCAUAACAGCUCUCAUGAGAAUGGCUUCAUGGAGGAACUAGAUAAAACCUGGGUGAGAUACCAGGAGUGUGACUCUAGGAGUAAUGCCCCAGCCACUCUCACCUUUGAGAACAUGGCAGGUACGUACGGUUCUCCAAUUUAGUCCAUAUUGAUACAGAAAUUAGAGGAAAUGCAAAGAGUAAACUGGUGUAUAAGGAAGUAGCCCCCAUUGUCUGAGCCAGAAUGUUAGUAUAUAGCAGGUGUGUAGGUGUUCAAAUUGGUAUGUAGAUAUUCCUUUAUCUGCAGGAGUUUGACAGAUUGACAGAUUAUUGUCAUUAGGUUCUUUAGAUUAGGUUCAUUGUGUUCAAAAUGGACCUCCACAGAGGAUGCAGGGGUUACUGGGGACGUGGGUUAAUAGUAUGACCUGUGCACCGCAGGCAGUAUAAUAACAGGUUUUAAUGUUCCAAAUUGCCUCCUAACAGGUGUAUUCAUGUUGGUUGCUGGGGGUAUCGUUGCUGGAAUCUUCCUCAUCUUUAUUGAGAUUGCGUACAAGCGCCACAAAGAUGCCCGCAGGAAGCAGAUGCAGCUGGCCUUCGCUGCGGUCAACGUGUGGAGGAAGAACCUACAGGUAUGAUCCGCCCGUCUUCACACACAGGCCCCAACAGGGCAGCACAUCAGACAACAUCCUGUAGAGCAGGUUCUCAAACUCGCGACUCGCACGCCACAUCUGGAUCUAAUGCGGCCCGUGGUGAUCUUAGUAAAUCCGGUCAGCGGUUGUAAAAAAAAUACAAAAUAAAACUUUACUGGGGAUAGACUUAUAGUUUGUUAUUGAAAUCUAAUUAAAUGAUUUGCCUUCGCAAGUCAUUCAAUAAUUAUUCAACCCUUUUUCCAUAUUAUAUUUAUUUUGAGAUUGUCACAGGUAACCGCCGUUGGAGAGUGAUUUAAUGUGGACAGGAUUAGAAAAAGUGUGUGGGUGAGCUGCAUGCUACUUCUCUAAAUUUGGAAAUGACUUAUAAUGAGAGAUCCAUGUUUUUUUGCACUACAAAUCCCUCCCAAAACAUGAAUGUAACAAACAGCUGGGAGGGUAUUUGCAGCUCCACAUGCAUACGUAUAGUACACUCCCCUGUGCCUGUGAAAGGACUGAUUUCAUUAUCCUCGUCUUCUGCUGCUGUGUGUCUGAGCGCACGAGAACACGGCCGGUCUCCUGCCUGGAGGGGACGAUGACCCCCUUCCCCCAUCCCCCACCCCUCUCUCUCUGUGAAGGGCAGAGUGGGGGAGUGCAGUGAGGGAGAGCACCGGGGGAGUGCACCGGGUGAGUGCAGUGGGGCACCAGGACGCUUUGAUGUUUCUGUACAGUCAGCCAGAUGCACACUGGGCCUGGCUCUCUCACUAAAGGGCUGCUGAAUAACACAACGGGUGGCAGCCAAGCGUCUCCUAGCCAAUGAUCUCUUUUUACGCACAUCAUGUCCUUGUACUGUUUGUAAAGGGGGGGUCGGAAAGUAACAGGGCUUUGGCCUUUUGUGUCUUGAAAGGCUAAGCACGCUAGCUUUGGUUGACACACCAUAUACAGUGAGGGAAAAAAGUAUUUGAUCCCCUGCUGAUUUUGUACGUUUGCCCACUGACAAAGAAAUGAUCAGUCUAUAAUUUUAAUGGUAGGUUUAUUUGAACAGUGAGAGACAGAAUAACAACAACAAAAAAUACAGAAAAACGCAUGUCAAAAAUGUUAUAAAUUGAUUUUCAUUUUAAUGAGGGAAGUAAGUAUUUGACCCCCUCUCAAUCAGAAAGAUUUCUGGCUCCCAGGUGUCUUUUAUAGAGGUAACGAGCUGAGAUUAGGAACACACUCUUAACCCUCCCGUUGUCCUAGGGUCAAAAUGACCCGCCACUGUGUUGAACCAACUUUAUUUAAUUUUUAUAUUUUUGGAUCAUUUGUGAGAAGGAGGCAGUGAUACUUUCUUUAAAGUCUCACUGCCUCCUUCUCACAAAUGAUCCCAAAAAUAUAAAAAUUAAAUAAAGUUUGUUCAACACAGUGGCGGGUCAUUUUGACCCUAGGACAACGGGAGGGUUGGGAGUGCUCCUAAUCUCAGUUUGUUACCUGUAUAAAAGACACCUGUCCACAGAAGCAAUCAAUCAAUCAGAUUCCAAACUCUCCACCAUGGCCAAGACCAAAGAGCUCUCCAAGGAUGUCAGGGACAAGAUUGUAGACCUACACAAGGCUGGAAUGGGCUACAAGACCAUUGCCAAGCAGCUUGGUGAGAAGGUGACAACAAAUGGAAUAAACACAAAAUAACUGUCAAUCUCCCUCGGCCUGGGGCUCCAUGCAAGAUCUCACUUUGUGGAGUUGCAAUGAUCAUGAGAACGGAAUCAGCCCAGAACUACACGGGAGGAUCUUGUCAAUGAUCUCAAGGCAGCUGGGACCAUAGUCACCAAGAAAACAAUUGGUAACACACUACGCCAUGAAGGACUGAAAUCCUGCAGCGCCCGCAAGCUCAAGAAAGCACAUAUACAUGCCCGUCUGAAGUUUGCCAAUGAACAUCUGAAUGAUUCAGAGGAGAACUGGGUGAAACUGUUGUGGUCAGAUGAGACCAAAAUGGAGCUCUUUGGCAUCAACUCAACUCGCCGUGUUUGGAGGAGGAGGAAUGCUGCCUAUGACCCCAAGAACACCAUCCCCACCGUCAAACAUGGAGGUGGAAACAUUAUGCUUUAGGGGUGUUUUUCUGCUAAGGGGACAGGACAACUUCACCGCAUCAAAGGGACGAUGGACGGGGCCAUGUACCAUCAAAUCUUGGGUGAGAACCUCCUUCCCUCAGCCAGGGCAUUGAAAAUGGGUCGUGGAUGGGUAUUCCAGCAUGACAAUGAACCAAAACACACGGCUAAGGCAACAAAGGCGUGGCUCAAGAAGAAGGACAUUAAGGUCCUGGAGUGGCCUAAACAGUCUCCAGACCUUAAUCCCAUAGAAAAUCUGUGGAGGGAGCUGAAGGUUGGAGUUGCCAAACGUCAGCCUUGAAACCUUAAUGACUUGGAGAAGAUCUGCAAAGAGGAGUGGGACAAAAUCCCUCCUGAGAUGUGUGCAAACCUGGUGGCCAACUACAAGAAACGUCUGACCUCUGUGAUUGCCAACAAGGGUUUUGCCACCAAGUACUAAGUCAUGUUUUGCAGAGGGGUCAAAUACUUAUUUCCCUCAUUAAAUGCAAAUCAAUUUAUAACAUUUUUGACAUGCAUUUUUUUGUGGAUUUUUUGGUUGUUAUUCUGUCUCUCACUGUUCAAAUAAACCUACCAUUAAAAUUAUAGACUGAUCAUGUCUUUGUCAGUGGGCAAACGUAUAAAAUCAGCAGGGGAUCAAAUACUUUUUUCCCUCACUGUAAGCCAUACUGUACAGGCCAGUGCUUGAAAUGGAUCUGAAAUAGGUGCCAGUACUCAUAAUAUUUUUCAAAGCCAAUAUUCAAGGUUGCCGGUACUCUGUACUGGUGAUCACCACCACCGACCCAACUCAAGCCAAACAAUACAAGCCAUAUAAGACUCUGUAGUAGCAUGCAAUGCUCCCAGCCACUGAUUAAACCCUCCAACAGUUUAGAGAAAACGUUUUUAUUUUUUAAAAACAUGGUCUAAUUGGUUGUAAAAUGUCAAGAUUGAACUUGUGCUAUAUAUUUCUUAAUUACGUUGAUGAUUGUGUCAAGUGGGACCAGCUAAUGUCAAUCUCAUUUCAUUAAAAUGUUCUCUGGUCCAGAUUGUUAGUGUGCGUUCCUCUAGUAGUUACAGACCAGAAGCAACUAGUUGUUGUCAUUUCACGAUGGGACCAAAGCUACUUGCUGCUUAGCUUCGUAGGUCCUGUUGCUUUCUUGAAUCUGUGAGUACUAUAUUCAGGGUACACUGCCAGUCAAAAGCAGAGGCACCAACAUUAGAUACCUGUGUAUGACUUCUCACCAGAAGACAGUGUUGACAGAUUGUUUAGACUGAUGUGCAAGCUGUUUAGGGAAGAUUUAUUUUUGUAAAAAAAAAGCAGUUUCAUUUGAAGGAUUUGCUAUCUCAAUGGACAACAAUGAGGUGAACUUUGCUUUAUCUUUCAGCAAGUCUCCGACUGCUUGUGCCAGAGGCCAUAACAUUGGGAUGGGCACUACCACACACACCACCCACUACCAGCCAUAGGGCCAUUACUAUAGGGCUCCUAAUUACAAUAGUACAGUAAAAGCAUUUCCUUGUUCAGUUCAACCGAGAGAGCACUUACUGUUCUUUGAAGCUUUGACAUAUUGUCUUGUUCUUUCCAACUACUGAGCCGUGAGGUAAACAAGUCUAAAUAAAUCUCCUUUAGACGUUGCAUUCGGUAUUGCUCUCUAUGGAAGGUGAAAAACCACGAGCAAGGCUGGCUAAUAUUUGCGCUGGGAUAUAUCCACUGGGACACUGUAUUGUUGUAAGGCCAAAUGAAUACCGUACAAAUUCUCAUUAUAUUAAAAGAUGGAUGCCCUGCUUUUGACUGGAUGAUGUAUUAUUGAUUUAUGUGUGAUUUAUACUCCAGGCCGUGUUUAUGCAUAUGUAUGAAGGGUGUACAUGUGCAUAUUUAAACAACAAUAAUGGCAGACAGACAACAAGCACCACUGGAAAACAUGCCAUUGAAGCUAGCCAAAGAUCAAGCUGUGUGCACUGUAUGUGAAACAAUGGUACACUAAUGUCAGGUGCACCACUAUGUACUGUAAUGCUGCUCGACCAACUAUAUUUCUCCCCAUAUUUUAAAUUAGCAUGACUAGCCGUCUGUCCUCUGGCUGAAUUAGCAUUUCAAACGAUUCCAGACAGCCCUCUGAUCAAGGCGGUGUUGUUGAGCGACCUCAUUCAGUGGUGAACGGUCUGAGAAGGUUGCAAUGAAAAGGUGAUGAACACAAUUGUGGAGAUUGUAAAGGGGGAUUCUGCAAUGAUUUCACUGUUGUUGUUGAUAUCCUGGAUUUAAUCAUCUCUUGAAUAUGCACAAUGUCUUCCUUUGGAACUCUCAUUGAUGAUAUACUGUGUUUCAAAGGGUAAAAAGUGAAAAGCGUGUUCCAAAUGAUUUAGACAUCUAAAACAAAUCACAAAGCAAUAUACAGUAUUUUGCUAUUUAUAAUCAGACCCCUUAUCUGUUAUGUGGAAUUUAAAGUGAUACCACAGGUCAAAUAAACCUGCUCCAUGCUUUUUGAGGAGUCAAGGACUAUUAGGGGAUUAUAGCCACCAAGAUGACAUAAGUUCAUGUGGGACAGUGCUGGCCUAUAGGUUCGACAUCAUAUCACUCAUUCUACAUACUGUAUCCCUUUUGGUUUUCCUGCACCGCAUGUUUUCUGGUUGAAGUCACACCCCCUUCCCAAAAUGGGACUUCCCCUGCUCCUCUUAGUCUUCACCGCCCUCUUUGCCGUGGGAGAAACACCAUUAUACUAGUGUUGGUAUAAUGCAAAAGGGACCUUGUUGAGUUUCACAUGGUUUAUUGAUUGGUUGGUCCAUCUUUUUUCCAUGAUCUUACUGAUCAUUGUAUCCCCCCCCCCCCCCCCACCCCCUCCUACUUUUAGUGUUGCUUUGCCUUAUUGUUGUCUUUAUUGCAUUCGUUUUAGCUCAUUUUCUUUGCUCCUUUCGCUUUUCGUCUUGAAGUAAAAUAACCAUGGAUGGUUCUUAUUUUACUGUACCAUGCCAUCCGAGGCAGUCCUCUUCCGCAUGAGUGACUCAGAAAGUAGCCAGGAGAAAUAUACACAGCUCUUAAUAGUAUCCUGGCUCUUUAGCAGCAUCCAAUUAUAGGAUACUUUAUACAGUGGGGAAAAAAAGUAUUUAGUCAGCCACCAAUUGUGCAUAUUCUCCCACUUAAAAAGAUGAGAGAGGCCUGUAAUUUUCAUCAUAGGUACACGUCAACUAUGAAAGACAAAUAGAGAAAAAAAAAUCCAGAAAAUCACAUUGUAGGAUUUUUUAUGAAUUUAUUUGCAAAUUAUGGUGGAAAAUAAGUAUUUGGUCACCUACAAACAAGCAAGAUUUCUGGCUCUCACAGACCUGUAACUUCUUCUUUAAGAGGCUCCUCUGUCCUCCACUCGUUACCUGUAUUAAUGGCACCUGUUUGAACUUGUUAUCAGUAUAAAAGACACCUGUCCACAACCUCAAACAGUCACACUCCAAACUCCACUAUGGCCAAGACCAAAGAGCUGUCAUAGGUCACCAGAAACAAAAUUGUAGACCUGCACCAGGCUGGGAAGACUGAAUCUGCAAUAGGUAAGCAGUUGGGUUUGAAGAAAUCAACUGUGGGAGCAAUUAUUAGGAAAUGGAAGACAUACAAGACCACUGAUAAUCUCCCUCGAUCUGGGGCUCCACGCAAGAUCUCACCCCGUGGGGUCAAAAUGAUCACAAGAACGGUGAGCAAAAAUCCCAGAACCACACGGGGGGACCUAGUGAAUGACCUGCAGAGAGCUGGGACCAAAGUAACAAAGCCUACCAUCAGUAACACACUACGCCGCCAGGGACUCAAAUCCUGCAGUGCCAGACGUGUCCCCCUGCUUAAGCCAGUACAUGUCCAGGCCCGUCUGAAGUUUGCUAGAGUGCAUUUGGAUGAUCCAGAAAAGGAUUGGGAGAAUGUCAUAUGGUCAGAUGAAACCAAAAUAGAACUUUUUGGUAAAAACUCAACUCGUCGUGUUUGGAGGACAAAGAAUGCUGAGUUGCAUCCAAAGAACACCAUACCUACUGUGAAGCAUGGGGGUGGAAACAUCAUGCUUUGGGGCUGUUUUUCUGCAAAGGGACCAGGACGACUGAUCCGUGUAAAGGAAAGAAUGAAUGGGGCCAUGUAUCGUGAGAUUUUGAGUGAAAACCUCCUUCCAUCAGCAAGGGCAUUGAAGAUGAAACGUGGCUGGGUCUUUCAGCAUGACAAUGAUCCCAAACACACCGCCCGGGCAACGAAGGAGUGGCUUCGUAAGAAGCAUUUCAAGGUCCUGGAGUGGCCUAGCCAGUCUCCAGAUCUCAACCCCAUAGAAAAUCUUUGGAGGGAGUUGAAAGUCCGUGUUGCCCAGCGACAGCCCCAAAACAUCACUGCUCUAGAGGAGAUCUGCAUGGAGGAAUGGGCCAAAAUACCAGCAACAGUGUGUGAAAACCUUGUGAAGACUUACAGAAAACGUUUGACCUGUGUCAUUGCCAACAAAGGGUAUAUAACAAAGUAUUGAGAAACUUUUGUUAUUGACCAAAUACUUAUUUUCCACCAUAAUUUGCAAAUAAAUUCAUUAAAAAUCCUACAAUGUGAAUUUCUGGAUUAUUUUUUCUCAUUUUGUCUAUCAUAGUUGACGUGUACCUAUGAUGAAAAUUACAGGCCUCUCUCAUCUUUUUAAGUGGGAGAACUUGCACAAUUGGUGGCUGACUAAAUACUUUUUUUCCCCACUGUAUGUCCACAUGGCAUGGGUGUAGACAGAAAGUGGACAUGAGAUAUGGGACCAUGUUAAAGCUGGUAAUUGAUAUAGAGACUAGUGUAACUACUCUGCAAAAGUGAAACUGUGAGGAUUUGACACAGUGAGAGCUCAGGGAGAAAGUGGUGUGUAGUAAUGUGUGUGUGUGUCUGUGUGGGGGGGGCACUGAGACCAAACACACUCCAUCAGGGAACACCAAUAAUGUUUCUACAUAUAUAUUUAUUUUAGGAUAGGAAAAGUGAUAGAGCAGAGCCCGACUCCAAACAGAAAGCCCCUUUUAGGUCCAUCAGUACCAACCUGGCCUCCAACAUCAAGAGACGUAGGUCCUCCAAAGACACGGUAAGGAGAUGA